AGGUGGCGGUAAUGUACACCUUUUGUUUUCUUUUUUGCCAACCGCCAAAUAAACUCCACGAAGAAGAAGGUUUGUCCUCAACGGCUUGCUGUCACAAGUCGUUGUCAUGUCGGCGCCCAUGCUAACUUUACGCAGAUGCUGCCAGCGGUCUGCGCUCCUCCUCGUUGCUAGGCGACAGUGGAGCUCCAGCUCAGCAGCUCCUGCCUCUCUCCUCUCCAGGUGCCUCCUCUUCUUCGCCCAGCGUUACUAUGAUGUAGAAAUGGUCCUGAGCUGGAAGUCCAAGCUGGAGAGAGACCAGCUCCGGAAAAAGAACCUUUACUAUGGUUACACCGAGAGAUUUUAUGGACCAGACAUAGCAACAGCUUUCUAUAUUCUAAGUCUAAGAGGAGGAUUUAGGUUUGUGGGCCAGACCGAAUGGUUCCGCACUAACUCCAAGGGCAAGUUCAACUGGGAUUUCCUUAACCACAAGGACACACCUGUGGAAGAAGUAGACAUGAGUAACACCAUCAUUAACUACACCGGACUGUCUAACCUGGAGAGGCAGCGACAUCUGCGGACUCUAAAACUACAAGGCUGUCCUGAGGUGGACGACUGGUUCCUAGCAGGUCUCCACCGGUUCCAGGACUCUCUGGAGGAGCUGGACAUCUCCCACUGUCCAAGAAUAACUGCAGGUGGCCUGGCUGCUCUCAGGAAUCUCAGGGGACUGAAGCGUCUAAAUGUGUCCUCCCUACCGAGGAUUUCAACUCCAGGGUUGGUGAUCAUCCUGCUGGAGGAGAUGUUGCCACAGUGCCAGAUCACAGCAGACGGCUAUGACUUCGAGUCGUCAGAGGAGCGCGUGGAAACAGGGAGGUAGUGGACAGAUUGGAUCUGGAGUCGCUGGGGAAAGACUUGGAACCUUUUGAGCUUGUUAUUUUGUUUUUCCAAGAUCUAACCAUAAAUUAUUUAAUGGUCUGAUUGAAGAUUCAUAAUGUAAGGUAAAAUAAAUGCAGAAAAACAAAAAAAUUGCUAAAACGUGCAACAGAUAAACAUGGCGGGUACAAGUUGGCUUAUCCUUUUCUGCGUGUCAUGUUUAUUUCGUCAGUCUAGAGUAAGGCAGCACAUUCAUCAUGUACAUGUUUAGAUUUGGAGAACAAUUUCCGUUUAUGUUCAUAUUUGCUGAGACUUGAUCACUGUAUGUAAACAUUGGUGUACAUAAUAAAGAUUUUAUCAUACAAAAGAU